AUGCAGAAGUUAUACGAUCAAUUGGUCAAUCGUCACGUUGAAAUUCCAAGCGAUGUCGAAGAGCACCAAUACCUCUUCCAAUUACUUAACGUCCUUACUAAGAAACUUUUGGAAACAAAUAUCCCCCCUCACAAAAACUCGAGAAUUUCAAAGUGCCGAUGCGCACUCUGUCGAUAUAAAGUGCUGUGUCACAUGCUAACAAAACCACCAUUUCCAGUCGAAUUCUCGUUACCACGGAAAACCCCGAACUACGCACUUCAGUUUUUACCGGAGAGUUUGAGGUCACUUGACGCUUCACAUUCGUUGGUCACCCUUUUUGUGAACACAAAAAAUAUGGGCAACAUCGAGAGACUCAAUUUGGCGGCAACCACACUCCCGAUGAAUUCAAUGGACGUAAUCGCAGCAAUGCCAUUGUUAAAGCACUUAAACGUUAGCGAGUGCAACGUCUCCGACGCUAUUUUGUCGCAGUUGAAAGACGUACCACUCGUUUCGCUCGUCUGUGCAAAUAACAAUUUGACACCGACGUGCUUGGACCCUUUUGUAAACACACCAUUUGGCAAUACUAUUCAAUUUCUCGAUAUCUCAAACAAUGCAAUCAAACAUCUAACAUUGCUGAAUGUGUUGAAGUUCAUCAAGAUUAAGGCUGUUGUGGUUAAAGGUACAUCCAUUAGCCAGAGGGAGUUGAAGGCAUUUGUCUCACGACACGACGGGUUUAAAUACAACGGAAUGCAACUUGCAAAAAGCGGGCAGAAGUAUGAGGGAGAGAAGUAUACAUUAGUUGAUGAGGAAUGGGGUGCAAGUGUUUUAGCACAGACGUUAUGUUCCCUUGGUCUUGCGGCGUUUAAACAAGAGCAAACGAAUGCGAAGGCAUCAGCGGAGACCGUUGUAUUUACAAAACAGAAAUGA